AUGAUCAGUGGUGGUGGGGUGGGUGCUUUGUGGCAGUGGCUUCGAUAUCUAUCGGGCUGGAGGAAGCAGAGACAACAUCAGGGUCGUGUACUAACCCUCAUUGCAACUACUCUAGCCACAGCCACUUUGCUCAGCUUUCUGGUCUUCCUAGCUGAUACCUGGUUGCAUGUCACAACGAGCUCGACUCAGAUCAGCCUGUUGGAGCCUCUACAUAGCCCACCACCCUACAGUUUUGACCUGAAACCAGCCUGCUGGGAGACUGGAGGCAACGGCUGCUCCCUCAACCCCGCCGCCACAAACACCUUUCUCAUGGCCGCCAAUGUAAGCUACGAGGUCCUCGGCAAUAUCUCUUCGACAGCCAGAGUUUCCACUUUCAACAGCGACAAUGGAGACUACGCUUUCGUGGCCAUUCCGCCGUCUCAGGAGCUCGCACAGCGGGAUUACACCGCCCUGACCUUCGGUAUGCGUACACAGUGCGAAGCGGUCUCUCAAAAGUGUGGUCUGUGGGCAUCAGCUGGUUCCACUACAGGUUUCUGGUGCUCCGCUGCCUUUUCCGGCAAUCUUCAGGCCUCGCAUUCCAACUGGCAGAUGGUACACUUCGUCGAUCCGGCACUGACCGAUAUAAAUAUUACUCAAGUGAAAAAUCCCUACUACCUGGGUUGGGCGGGCUUGUUGACAACACUGCAAGGCGUGAUCGACGAUCCGGAGAUUGUGGACCCAGUCCAUGGCGGGAUGGCUUUCGUGAUGGCCUGUAAUGCCACACUCUACAACAUCGAGUACGAUUACGUCAAUGGCACCGUUGUACGAUUCGUUGCGCAGAUGACCAACAGCACUGUCGUGGAAGCAGCCAUCGGUCCGAUGGCCAAUGACUUUGCACAGCCUUACUUGCAGCAGUAUGCCGAGUCAGCGGUCUUCUCCAAUACCAGUGCGGAGCUGGCAGACAAGCUGUCUCUUUCCUACAGCAAGGCUGCUCUUUCAUUCUUUGCACAGACUAUAAACGCUGUCCCUGCCACACGGGCGCAGGAGCGCACAUCAGUACUUGUCGCGAGAAUUGAGGUCGCCCCUCUCUAUGCCUUGGUAGUGGCCGACCUGCUAUACGUAGUCGCUGGCAUAGGUCUCAUGAUUGCUCCCCUCAAGAUGUCGUCUGCAGACGUAAGGCAGCUACAGUCUCGACUCGGGAUCACAGCUCUUGUGGCCGACCGCUUCGAGACAGAGCAUGAGCUGCGGCCAGUCAAAGAAGUUGAGGAUCUGUUCGAAGAAUGUAAAGGUCUCAGAAGUAGGCGUAUUGGCAUUGUCCGAAGCGAAGAGCAUGGCUGGUCAUAUGCAGUCACUACGCCCGAACCCGAGAAGAAUGAUGGUAGCGACAUGGAAUUGAGUCUGAUUUCGCCUACGCCAUUAGCGGAGAAUCGAGACGGUAGCAGCUUUCGGUGGGAUGGUGCUUCCCAACGCGGUUGA